UCGAGUAUAAAUACUCUGAGGCGGCCCUAGGCUGGCAUCUGUUUCGUUUCGUCGCAACAAGAACAAGCAUCAACAUGUCUGGACGUGGCAAGGGAGGAAAGGUGAAGGGAAAGGCAAAGACCCGCUCCAGCCGUGCCGGACUUCAGUUCCCCGUCGGCAGAAUCCACCGUCUGCUGAGGAAGGGCAACUACGCCGAGCGCGUCGGUGCCGGCGCCCCCGUCUACCUGGCCGCCGUCAUGGAGUACUUGGCCGCUGAAGUCCUCGAGUUGGCCGGCAACGCCGCCCGCGACAACAAGAAGUCGAGAAUCAUCCCCCGUCACUUGCAGCUCGCCAUCCGCAACGACGAGGAGUUGAACAAGCUGCUCUCCGGCGUCACCAUCGCCCAGGGAGGUGUCCUGCCCAACAUCCAGGCCGUCCUCCUCCCCAAGAAGACCGACAAGAAGGCAUAAGCGCCCGAAACAUCAGUCUUCGAAAAUCGGCCCUUUUCAGGGCCACCCAAAUUACUCAAAUAAGAGUGCGAAAGCAAUGAUUAAAAUAUUCAUGAAA